UGGAAGUUUAUAAAGGGAAAUACGAAUAUGCGAUGGAAAAGCAAGAGUAACAAAACAGGAAAACAAAUAAAGAAAAAGUAGAAAAAAACAGUCGUCAGCUUUCGAAGUUGUGCAUAGUGAAAAUCUGCUUUGAUGUACCAUCCACUCUCCGCGACACCGCAGCACCAACUUUACGUUUUCGUGCUACUGCUUUAAGCAAACAGCCAAAGAUUGGCCAAUACAACAACAAAAGCAAAACCAUAACAAAACCCCACAAGUUCUUGAACAAAAAAAGGGGGUUUUGAGACUUCUCAUAGAGCGAUUCUGUAAAACCAGUCCUCCUUCUCAUUGAAGAGAAAAAGGGAUGGAGAGAAAGGUUUUAGUGGUAUGUUCUGUUGUGGGUUUGUUGGGAAUUUUAUCAGCUGUUACUGGUUUCGUUGCUGAAGCUACACGAAUCAAGGGUUCUCAGGUUCAGUUUAUCUCUACAUCUGAGUGUGCAUAUCCUCGAAGUCCAGCAAUGGGUCUUGGUUUAACUGCUGCAAUUUCUCUAUUGAUUGCACAACUAAUUGUAAAUGUUUCUAGUGGUUGCAUUUGUUGCAAAAGAAGUCCUAAUCCUUCCAAUCCUAAUUGGAAAAUAGCACUCCUGAGCUUCGUUAUUUCAUGGUUCAGUUUCGUUAUCGCCUUCUUGUUAUUGCUGACUGGUGCUGCCCUUAACGAUCAGCAUGGUGGAGGGACCAUGUACUUCGGUAACUAUUACUAUUACUGUUACGUCGUGAAACCUGGAGUCUUUGCUGGAGGCGCCGUUCUGUCACUUGCAAGUGUUUUAUUAGCAAUAGUCUAUUACCUCACUUUAAAUUUGGCAAAAAACAAUAGCCCUUUGUGGGGGAAUCCUGUUCCAGCUCAAGGGAUUGCUUUGGGGCAGCCUCAGUUUCCACCACAAAAUACUCAGCAACCCGUUUUUGUUCAUGAAGACACGUAUGCUCGACGACAGUAUGCUUGAUGCAUAACCGAUAUUGAAGCAAACUUUCGUGAGAUGGUGAACUUGUGAAGACCAUAACGUACUUAGAAACUGGACUUUAGAAGGAUAUGGAAAUUUGUUGUUCCUCAGCAUUUGGCUGUGUUUGUUGUAGUUUUGUUUCUGUGUUCAAGUAGGUGAGGUGAGAGAGGUUGUAUAGGAAGAUUAUCAAACAAAACAUGUAGUAUUAAUAUUUAUGUGAAAAGGAAUGUAUUUUGAACUGAA